CCGGCAGAGACUCAACCUGGACUGCGGGGCCGGGCGGCGGAGGCCGGGCCGCUGAGGAGCCGGGGGAGGAGCCCGAGCCGCCGCCGCAGCCGCGGCCGUGGCGGUGGGGGAGCAUGUCCGCGAGUCGGGCCAAGAAAGUGAAGAUGGCCACCAAGUCGUGCCCCGAGUGCGACCAACAGGUUCCUGUUGCAUGUAAAUCAUGUCCCUGUGGUUACAUAUUUAUUAGCAGAAAACUUUUAAAUGCAAAGCACCCAGAAAAAUCACCACCUUCUGCAGAAAACAAGCAUGAGGCCAAGAGGAGGCGCACAGAGAGAGUUAGGAGAGAGAAGAUACAUUCUACAGGAAAUAAGGAUUUAGAAAACAGAAAGAGGUCUCGGAGUAACAGCCAUUCAGAUCAUAUCAGACGAGGAAGAGGAAGACCUAAAAGUGCAUCUGCCAAAAAACAUGAGGAAGAAAGAGAAAAACAGGAAAAGGAAAUUGACAUCUAUGCUAACCUCUCUGAUGAAAAGGCUUUCGUGUUCUCAGUCGCCUUGGCAGAAAUAAAUAGAAAAAUUAUCAAUCAAAGACUUAUUCUUUGAUAUUUGUCUGCAGAAUGUGUUGGAACUUUCUUCAGGAUUGCGUCAGCAGCAGACAGCUGUGGACCCUGGGGAGCCUUCCGCCAGCGUCGGUGAGGGCCGCGGUGGUGGGCCGCCACCGAGCCUGGGCCGCCCUCUGGGGGCGGGGCUGUGGGCUCGGACUGUCCGGGAGCUCCUUGGUUGCCAGGGAGUCUUGUCAGUGUUUUGUGUUUGGGAUAUAAGUAAGUGUAUUUACAAAAAAGAAAAAAGAAAAAAAAGCUGGAUGACUGUUAAAGGUUAAAGGGAUAGGGAUGGGAGCAGAAGUAUGAAAACUAGGGAAAUAAAAUGCUUGGUAAUUUUCAGGUUUGCCACCAGAGAUGCAAUAUUUUAAGUACUUUGAGAAAGAAUGAUUUUUAAAAAUAUAUAUUUCAGAUUUUCAGUACUAAUGGAUUGCAUAUAUACAGUUCAUUUACUUUUAACAAAUUGGCACUUGAUAUUUUAUUGAAUGGGGAACUAUAAUAUAAAUUGUAAAUUUUGUCUUAAA